AUGACGAGCGCUUUCCACCAAAAAAAGCCUGCUCUUCCCAAACAUGGGUCGUCAUCUAAAGGCAGACACGCGGCAAUAAUAGCUGAGUUAAGCGCUAUCCAGAAAUGCCAGGACCAAAUAUUGGCGAAGCUGGAUAGCGUCGAGACCCGUCAACUGGGCGUUGCUGGCCAAGUAGCUGGCGUACAAAGUGCCAUUUUCGAUAAGAUGCCGGAACGUGGUGAGGUACAAGCGAAAAGUAAGCUGUUGCGCGAAUGCAAAGUGCUGACAGCUAGGGUUCAACAGUCUGUCAGUCGCAUCACCGGGGACGCGGAAAGCGAGGAGUUCAUGGAACUUGCUGCUAUGAUUCCCGUAUUAUCGGUGGAGCAAGUGCAGGCUGUUGAAGCCAAGCUGAUAAAUAAAGCUUACGCCGACGCAAUGAUUGGACUUCUGGCAAGAUCAAAAGGCACGAAAGGAACGGUUGACGGGGUUAUGCGUUAUCUAUUCACAGAUGACGCCAUGUACAGCUUCAACUUAGAAGGAAGAGCAGGAAAGAUUCCACUUCCUUAA